CAAUGGUGGCAUAUCGACGGUUUCUGAUCAAUUUUUUGAUUAAAAUUGUUCAACAAGGUCGUUCCGGUUCACUAAACCAAGUGGGUUUUUAACAAUGUCUCGUGUUUCGUACAUCAUCAGCGACCGAUUGUAGAUGCUUGCUGUCUUAUGUAUAUAUCGUGAACAUUGUGCGGGUGUGCGUGUGUUCUACUUACAAUACGCCAUUACAAAUUAUUGGUCAUCUCGAUCUCUUGGUUAGGUUGUUAAAACAUUUAGCUGGUUGUUCUAUGUAAAGAUAAUCAUGGAAGAAAAAGGUUGUAAAUCCAGUAAAUCCAGUUGUGAUUCUGUUCCAGAAAAGGAUGAAAAAGAAGUUGAAUUUUCAGUAAAUGAACUAAAAAAAAAUCCUGAUUACCUCCUGGAAAAAAAGAUUUUUUUGCCCUAUGGUGUCGGACCAGAUGUUGACUGUGAAAUUGAUGAUGAUAGUGAUGAACCCGAUUAUUCAAGUUAUGUACUAAAAAGACCAAUAGAUGACGAUUAUCUCCUGAAAAGAAAAAUUUUUUUGCCAUAUGGUGUUGGACCAGAUAUUGAUUGUGAAAUUGAUGAUGAUAAUGAUGAACCCGAUUAUUUAAGUUAUGCUUCUGUACCAAAAGAGGAUCUUGUUGAAGAUAGCUCUACACCAAGAGAUGCAGUACCAUGAAAACAAUUUUUAAAUUAUUACUUUUUAAUCAUGUUUUAAAUACCAGAUUCAUUAUAAUAUGAUAGUUGAUAAAAUAUUUUAUAGAUAAUACUUAUUAUAUUGAAGGACAUCACAAAAUCAAAAUUUUUUUUUAAUUUCAAGUUUUUUGUCGUAUUAUUGUAGUCAAAAUAAUUGUAGUCAAAAACUUUUUGGUAAAAAUCCGAAAUUAAAAAAAUAUUGUUUCAACGAGUUAAUGAAUAACCGUGUGAUGUCAUAGAGCCGGCGAGUGAGCAGCUGCCCGUGUAGUUUUACGUGUAAAAGUAGUUUUAAUUACACAAUGAUAUUAAUAAUUCACGUAUAAUAGUAUUUUAGAAUUUUUUUUUUCAUAUUUCCAAGUAUAUUUAUGUGCUUAUGACAAUAGUGUGAUUUGAAAUGUAAUAUAUCUUGUUUAUUGUAAUUAUUUACAUAUUAACUAUGUAAUGAUAUGCUCACACACCAUUAUAAUAAACUAAGAUUUUACAGAAUAAUAAACAACGGCCAGAAUGUCGCUUGUAGAAAUCGGUCGCAUCAAAUAAAACCAUUAACAACGACAACUAAGAUAUCGACACGCACUCAUAACAAUAUUACGUAGGAUGUGUGACCUUAUUUUAUGCUGACGCCAAAGAAUAAUCUAGUUCCCAGGCCCACAAUAAUUUAGUGACAAAGCCACC